AUGGCGGCGGGCGGAGCUGGGGUGGCCAUGGCGGGCGGCCAGGCCGGAGCAGCGCGAUCCCGAUCGCUGUUCUUGUGGGAUGACGGGCAUCCUAUGCGGUUCUACCUGCGGCCCGGCCUAGCCAAGCUGCGCCUGGCGCCCCUAGUGCUGGCGGGCGGCGGGCGCCUGUGUCGGGUGCAGGAGCCAGGGGCCGUGCUCCUGGCGCAGCCCGGCGAGGUGGCUCCCGACGGGGCCGUCUCAACCGAGUACGUGGCGGAGUGCGUGAAGCGCAACCAGCGGCUGCCGCUGGAGCCCUUCCUGCUGACAGCCCGCGGCCGCCUGGCCUUCACGGAGGCGGAGGAUGCGGCGCUGCUGCAGGCGGUGCGCGGCCAGGGCAUGGUGCGGGUGAGCGGCCGUGCGCUGUGGAUAGAGCUGGAGCAGAGCGGCCUGACGCGGCACAGCUGGCAGGCCAUGCGUGACCGCUACCUAAGGCACCUGCUGCCGCGGCUUUGGGAGCCCCCGCAGACGGAGGAUCCCACGCAGAUCAGGGGUCUGUUCGCGGCAGCUAAUCGGGAGUUCGAAAGCACGGAGUCAGAAAGUGACUCUUCAGAUGUUGCAGAACUUUCCACACAAGAUGGAGUGAGAAGGUCCCCAGGAGAAGCAGCAUCUGAGCUGAAAACUGGGCCAGAGGACUCUGCUUUCCCUGACAUUCAGUUACAAAGGCAAGAAAGACCACAAAGCACUUGUUCUUCUUCCAGUGUGGUGGGACAGGUAAUAAAAACUAUGGAGCACUUCAUGGAGAAGUUUGCUGUGGACCUGCACACUGUUACACAGGCCUUUCUGAAAAACAGCGGUGACGUGGAAGCUACUUCAUACUUUCUGCAGACAGGGCAGCGCUUGGAUGGGUACCCUGUAUGGAGCAGAGGGGAUGAUUUAGAAUUGCAAAAGGAUGAUGAACAUGUCAGAAAUAAAUUGAUAGCCAAAUUUGGAGCUGAAAACGUAGCAAAGCGGAUAGUGUUUAGAGAGACUUAACAAGAGGACAUUACUGAUCCAGAACAGUUGCAGAAGUGUAAUAGUCAUUUCAGAAACACAGUGGAAAAUUUGAUGGCAGUUCUGAAGUUUUCAGAAAUGUUUUGUUUUUUGGGGUUUUUUUGUAUUAAAAGGCCUGUAUUGCCUCUCUGCAGAGCUAAGAUGCAGCUGCUUUAAUCAAAGGAAUGCUUGUACCAGGCCAUAUAUUCUGCUUGGGAAAAAUACACCCGCUUUCAGGGCUAUGAGUAAUAGUUGAAGUAGGAAAUGAAUGUUAAGAGGGAAUUAUCAGAGGUUAUGUAUCUGUCACCUAAGCUGCAUUUGAGAGAGAACACUAUUACUAGGAUAAAGUCAUAAUCUGAAAAACUCAGUACUUUUAGCCUGAAAUUGUGCUUUGGUUACUUAUUGUAAUACUAUCUGAAGUGAGUCCUAAAAAUCUGGAAUUCAUUCUUUUGGUGAAAUAAAAUGGGCUGGCAAAGGUGAA